AUGAAGAAACGUACUCCACAAAAAGACGGUAUUCCUGUAAUGCCUAUAUGUAAUUUUAAGAAAAAGACUUCUAUCAGCAGUUUUGAACAUUUCUCUGGAGUUGUUGUACAUGCGUUAAUUGCAUUAAUGAAAGAAGGAAAGGGAGGACCUACACUUGAAAGAAUCGAAAAGUAUAUUAUGAAACGAUAUGAGGUAAUAUUUCCAAACAUAAGAAAAUGCAUACAAAUUAUUCUGGAUCGUGCUAUAGAGAUGGGUUAUCUUACAAAGGAAUGUACCAACAAAAAACAGAUAGUAUAUACUUUUCCAUUUAAUAGUAAACGUAUACCAGAAUUUGCAUAUUUUAUGAUGCAAAAAAUAGCCCAAAGUCUUAAGAAAAAACGCAAAAAAAAGAAGCCGCCACCAGAUAAUAAGAAUAUUAUACUUUAA